CGCACACAUUGUUGUUGGUAUGGUUACGCCAGGCUUUGCUUUCAGAUAGUAUGGUCGCAGAAUAACAGCUGAGCAUGUUAUGACAACGUCAGGGUUUCGAUAGCACGUAGUAGCGACAUUUCUUUAGAUAAAGUUGACAGAGUUUAGGAUUCUUUUUUAUGUCUUUGAAACUACAUUAAUGUCCUCUUAUACACACGAAGAGUUAGAACUCAGCCAGAAACAUGAAGAUAUACUGGGAAAAAGAGCAUUACUGCUGCAGCAGAUGGAAGCGCACUAUGAACAGCAGAAGGCUAAGAAGAAACAGAAGUGUCUGAUGUCUCAAGCAGCGAAGGAGAGGAAUGCUCAGAUCCUUAAGGAUCUACAGAAUGCUGAAAAAAAUCUACAAACCAGACAGCUCCUUCAUCCCGAUAUUAUCAACCUUGAGACCCGUUAUUGGGCCUCAGUUGAAAGGAAACUGCCAGAAUGGGAGCAGUAUUUGCUUGGGAAAGGACAGCCGCCGGUGAGUGAGACUGGGAGAUUGCUUAGGCAGCAGAGACCGAAAACUAGGCAACAAGAUGCCUCACCUCCACAAUGCAGGGUUGCUGUUCUGGUGCUGUUGGGUACUGCAGAUGAGGAAAACCAUAACAAUGAGAUCUUCAUCCAGUACAACAUCAAAUCUAUGCUGGAUACAAAAUAAAUGUCUGAUCUAGUUCCUUCCUUCACUUUGUCCAACAAGAAAACCGUGUCUGUGAGACACACACGCACCAUAUGAAUGCACAAAAAUAAAUGUGCAAUCCCAUACUACGAAAUCCUGUUGAUCUUGCUGAAAAAUCAAGCACAAGCGGAGGCUGAAGAGGAAGACUGCCUUCACUUGGCUCAUCCACCUCUGUAGUCUGACUCUGAUUGGUCGAUAUGUGCAUAUUUUUAUAACAUGCAUUUACAAGUACAUUUGGUGCAAAUAUUCUGCUAUGAUUACUUCCUGCACAUAUUUAGGCAGUUUUGAAUCUAUAACUGUUCUGCAUUUAAUUCACAUGCCCACCUAUACACG